UCUCCAGUCAGUGUUCAUCACAUCAGUGGACAAGACAUAUUGGAUUUCUGUCAGAGGUUGUAGGACAAUCAGGCACUCGGGAUGACGCACCAGUCCCCCACACUCUCCGAGGCGCAGAAGAGGGAGCUACAUGAGACUGCUCUACGCAUAGUUUCUCCAGGGAAGGGCAUCCUGGCUGCAGACGAGUCUGUCGGCAGCAUGGCUAAGCGGCUGGCUCAGGUCGGGGUGGAGAACACAGAGGAGAACCGCAGACAGUACCGGCAGAUUCUCUUUAGUGCAGACGAUCGCAUCAACGGCUGCAUUGGAGGGGUCAUCUUCUUCCAUGAGACGCUGUAUCAGCACACUGAUAACGGCGUAGCCUUUGUCAAGAUGAUCAGGGACAGGGGCAUCAUGGUCGGCAUCAAGGUUGACAAGGGUGUCGUCCCCCUGGCAGGAACUUGUGGAGAAACCACCACACAGGGUCUGGAUGGAUUGUCGGAGCGCUGUGCGCAGUAUAAAAAGGAUGGAGCUGUCUUUGCAAAGUGGCGCUGUGUGCUUAAAAUCAGUGACACCAAUCCAUCUAAACUGGCUAUAACAGAAAAUGCAAAUGUUCUUGCACGCUACUCCAGUAUCUGCCAGCAGCAUGGCAUCGUGCCCGUUAUAGAGCCGGAGAUUCUGCCUGAUGGAGAUCAUGACCUGAAACGCAGCCAGUACAUCACUGAGAAGGUACUGACUGCAGUGUACAAGGCCAUGUCGGACCACCAUGUGUACCUGGAAGGUACUAUCCUCAAACCCAACAUGGUUACCUCUGGACACAGCUGCCCCACCAAGUACAGCCCAGAGGAGGUUGCUAUGGCAACUGUCACCGCCUUGCGCCGCACUGUCCCACCAGCUGUCACAGGAGUGGCUUUUCUCUCAGGCGGUCAGAGUGAAGAAGAGGCCUCUGUCAACCUCAAUGCCAUCAACAACUGCCCUCUGGCCAAACCCUGGAUCCUAACGUUCUCCUUCGGCCGAGCCCUGCAGGCGUCUGCACUCAGAGCCUGGAGAGGACAUAAAGAGAAUGAGAAAGCCGCCACUGAGCAGUUCAUCAAGAGAGCAGAGGUGAACAGUCUGGCAUGUCAGGGGAAGUACCCUGGAGGAGAGAACUACGGCGAGGCUGGCCAGCGCAGCUAUGGUUCCUGUCAUGCAUACUGAGUACAUGGGAAAGCCAUGUUUCAAUUAGCAGUGUAUUUUCUUCCAUUACCAUAAAAAGGAGGAAUUAUAAUGUAGAUAAUUAGGUAAUUUCAGAAUUCUGACACUCAUGAUGAUGUUACAUGAAAUCAAAUUCCUGCCUUGACAAAUGAGGACAAUCAGAACAUGGGCUUGGGUAUUUAUAAAGCAUGUAUUGAAUAAAAGAUGUUUUGCUUUACUAUUGUGAUGGAUGUACAGUUUAAUCUUGUGACAGUGCCAUAAGUUAAGCAUUUACUACUUAGUAUCACAAAUAACUGGCCAUGUGCUUUAAGUAAAUUGAAUUUAGGCUGCAGAGCAAUGGUGUUAGUUUGUUUCCAAAAUAGUAAAAAUGACUGAAUUUCUGACAUAUAAUUCCCCUUCUUGUUACGUGGAAAUAUCUUCAGGUUGUGAAAAGCUUCUCUGUGUAGGUGGGUAUGUGUACUUUAGUUUUGUUAGUAACCAGAAUUAGCUUCAAGCUAAUUUGCCUCUGCAGUCCCUGGGUAGAAAGCACAAUCAGCAUUGCAGUAACUUGGAACACAAUGUGAUGUUGUGUGUGUGUGUGUGUGUUGUCAUUCUGAAUAGUAUUCUCUAAUAGUCUGAUAAACAUAGUUCAAAUGUAAGCAUUCAAGCAAUAAAACAGUGUUCAGGUUCA